CCACUUUCCCGAAUAUGGAGAGUCCUCCUAACAAUAACAAUAACAAUUACAAUAACAAUAGCAAGAUCGGUAGUAGCAGUAGUAGUAAAGGUAAACGCAGCCCUCCAGGGAACUCGAGAUGGAACCCGACGAGUCCCCAGAUCAACUUGCUCGAAGGUUUGUACAACCAAGGCCUCCGGACGCCAACGCCCGACCAAAUCCAGCAGAUCGCCGCCAUGCUCAGCGCCUACGGCCACAUCGAGGGCAAGAACGUCUUCUACUGGUUCCAGAACCACAAAGCCCGCCAGCGCCAGAAGCUUAAGCAGGACAUCCUCGACAUCACCUCCACCGCCGCCGCGGCCGCCGCUAAUCAUCAUCACAACAGUCAACUCCCUUUCCUUGGUCAACAUCACCAUCACUACUUCCUUCGCAACUCACACCCUCCUCCUCCGCCUCAUCAUCAUCAUCAACCGCCCGCUAGCUCUGCUCCUACAGUUAUUUGUGGGUCGUACUAUGCGCCACAACAACAAGCAGAAGAUCAGGUAAGGCUGACACGUCAGCAACAACCCAACAACGUUAUGGUGGUCCCACCGGGAGGCGGCUUUAAAGGGAUGCAGAAGGUUCAAAGUUCCGACAAGGUGAUCACAAGGACGGUGGCAGCUACUGCUGCCGCCGCCGCAUAUCAUGACCGCCGCCACAGAGCAGCCGUCUCUGUGUCGGGAAACGACGACGAUGAUUUUGAUCAUAAUAAUAGUCGUGAAACGCUCCAGCUCUUUCCUCUGCACCCGACUGGCGGUUUGCUGGGAAGGGCUUUGUCUCCGCCGCCAUAUGUUACACCCGACAAUAAUUCUACCUCUGUUGGGGAGACUGCUGCUGUAAGCUUCGACGACGACGACAAUUCUAGUACUGCUGGUGUAGGCUGCUGCAGCAGCUUCGACUUCUUCUCCCUCGGGCAGUCUCGUUUUUGUCGGCCCCAUGGAUUUUGAUCCUAUCCAAUGGGAUUCAGCUGCUGGAUCGAUAUAUUCUGCUCUUCUUGUCCUUGUGGGGAAGUUAAUUAGUUGAAGUUCGAUAUAUUCUGCCUUUGGUUAUAUUCUGCUCUUCUUGACGUGUACGUGAGAUUGAGAAUGAGAUAGUAAGCUUAACUGUUUCAUCCUUUCUUUCUCAUUACCUGUCGCUUCAAGAUAGAGCACUACUCAUCAGUCGUCACCGUAAACUUUGUUGCUUCAGAACGAAUUUAUGUUAUUUUCAUUUUUCAACCUCUUGACCUCUAAUGUUUUAGAGUACCGCGUACGUAUGUAUGAUUUUACCGUAAUUUGCAGCUCUUUGGCCUAACAAAAUUUUACGAAAUAAAUCUAAUAUAAAAUG